UCAUUACGAAAAGGGCAUUCUACAUUGCACAAUCCACUUCCAGAGCGGAGAUUUCGUACUGUCAGCUGUGUAUAAAGUGAAGAGGAGAUAGACGAGGGAGAUUUUAUUUUGUCUAGUUGGAAUAGGACUUUUACAAGGGUAAGAGGCAAGGAAACCUGAUUAAAAGCGGCCAAUAUGGGGAUCCUCAGUCAGUUAGGACUCCUCCUUGGCAAGGAUGUUACUCUCCUAGUGAGACAACCAGCGGUGCUGACAUUUCAAUGCCUUUGGCCAUUGACAUUAGUUUUGAUAGUAGCUGUGGUGCGGCAGGCCAUGCCACCAGAAGCAAAACCAACAUGUUCAUAUCCAUCCCGUUCCAUGCCCAGUUCUGGUGUGAUGAACUUCAUGCAGUCGUUCGUUUGCAAUAUCAACAAUAAAUGUACAAAUACUGAUGACAGUGCGGCUAAAGCAGCCCAGGCAGGCGCCAGGAUCUCCAACUUAUUCAAGAAUCUUGAGCCAUUAGCCAAAGCCAAUGGCAGCUCGGGCUCCUUGCUACAAAAGUUGCCAAAGAGUCUGGAAGCCCUUGAUGGGAUGAAGGAGGUCUUCAAUAAACCAGAAGUAAAAAGAUUCUUGAACACAAGUUUACAACUUGGCAAUUUUUUCAAAGACCGGGAUAAAGUCAAGCAGAUUCUGGUGUACGAUAUGAAGGUACUCGAUGCACAGACAGUGGAUGCCUUGUUGAAUGCUAGCAUCAAUUUGCAAGAGCUCUACAACCUCAUUGGCUACAUCGACUUCAAAGGAAUUGCGUGCAAUGAGACACGUUUAAAGCAGUAUUUGAUAUUCAGUAAAGAGGCUGAUGUCCAGAAGGUGGCGCUUCAACUCUGUCGUAUCAAAGACGACAAGAUCCCGGACCUAGUCGAUCAAGUCCAGCACCAAAUAGACGUCAAGUUCAUCUUCCAAGUCGCAUCCAGGAUAGCUGGUUUCGUCGGAGAAUACGACAUAUCGGCCGCAUUCGAUGACAUCGCUUCGAUGUUCGAUAGCGUCUUGACCUUUGACAUCAUGAAGGAUGUGACCAAUGUCGUUCCAACGAUCGUCAAGAUAUCCUCUAUGCUGAGGCGGACGGGCCAAAUGAUCGAAGAUAUCGUCGGCAAGAACAUGUCGGAGGUGAACGCAACAUUUGCAAUCUUUGGAACGGUUAUGAACCAGCUUGAUCCUCUGGUCAGCUCAAUCAUUCAAGAGACCAUGCCCAACUCAACCAUCUGGAUCGAUAUCAAGGACGUCUUCUACAAGGUCAAACAUAUCUUUGAUAUCGUCAGCGUCAUCUUCAAACAAACACCGAAUGUCAAACUGACCUUUGGAGGAAUACUGAAGAAUGCCACAAGUGUAGAAGACAUGCUAUCCAAGUGGCUAACCGUUGAAGGCCCCGAAGUCAUCAGCACAUUGAUAAACGCCCAAGUCGACCAGACCAAAUUGAACGUUUUCAUACAAGCAAUUGAUAAUGCAAGUUCCUCACUUGUUCCCAAUUCCCAAGAGGCAUUGUUGAGAGUUAUGUGCGACAGACCGGGGAUUACCAGCUUCCUCAUUACGCCGAAGCCGGAUGUUCUUGACAAGUACAUCAAGGAGAGAUUGUGUCGUCUCAAUAAUACAGCCAUCAUGGACGAGUUGAUGGCAAACUUCGAUAUCAAGAAGAUCAUUGAUUCGUUUGAAAAGUCUAAAGUCCCAAUGAACUGGAACUGGACCGACCUAGCAGAAUCUGGCAAAGGUUUGGUGGAUACCGUCAUGAAACAUUGGAAGGACUACGAAGGGUUGAUCACGGUUCUGAGUAAAAUUGAAUUUGAGAAGAUAUGGCAAGGGUUCAUGGCAUCUGACACGCAGGCAGGGAUUGAUCAGUUGGUUGUGGGUAUUGCCCAGAGUGUGUCCGGUCUGCAGAUGUAUCCUGAUAUUGCCAAAAGUCCCAUCCUUCACCAGAUCAUUGAGAUGACCGAUCUCAUGCACGACAUGCUAACGUCCAUCAUAGAAAUCAUCAAUAGCGGCAUGCUUUACGAGGAACCGAUGUUGAAUGUUGCCAAGGAGAUGGCGAAGUAUGGACCCGACAUAAUGACAGGCAUCAUUGAGGCUUUGUUCAAGCCUGAAACACUCAUGCUUGUAUCCAAGGAUGCUGCCAAACUGGAAGGAAUCCUCUGCAAUGAAACAAGCGCUCGUGCGUUCCUAGGACUCCCGGCCUCCAUGGAUAUAAAACAGAUCCAGGCUCAGCUCUGCAACAGCAAGUUCUACGACUUUGUCAAAAGAUGGCAGACCAAGUUUGAUCUCACAAAAUAUGAGAAAAAGUUUGGUGAGAUAUUUGGACCCAUGAACUCGACAACCACGACCACAAAGUACCUUAGCGAUUCGGUCAUGAAGGGUUACGAAAUGUACAAGAUGAUCAUGAACAUCUCUGUCUCGAUGGACAAGACACUCAUAAAGUGGAACCAGACGUUGAUGACGAUUGGUGCAUCAUUCAGCGACCCCAAGUGGCAGACAGUACCGCAGACUCUGAUGAAUCAGAUGUCGUACUCGAGUGUUGCCAUGGUCGUGGAGACUCUCGGGCCGAUCUUUGAGAACAGCUCUGCCUGGCAGUCAGUAGGCCAGGCCAUCAAGAUGAUGACACUCACUGUGGACCUUAUGAACACACAGCUCAGCUCUACUGCUGAUGUAUUGUUAGGCAAUACAACAGUGCUUGGCAAGGCAAUCAUGUAUGUAACUGAGUAUGGACCAGACAUGAUGGAGGCUAUUGGAAAAAUGAUGAUGGACCCAGCCAAGUCCACCAAGUUCUUCAUGCAGCCCAACCUAACCCAAGCCCUGUGUGAUGAGACAACCGUUCGUACAUACCUGGCAAUACCACCCCGCGUGCCUCUGAAGGAGAUGCUACAAUACUUCUGUACCCUAGAUGUUCAGAAGUUGAUGAAUGAACUCAAUACUGGCACUGAUAAAGUUAUCGAAAAUAUGAUCAGUCUAAUGAACACAACAGCACCACCAAAAAUGGAUUGGAUCGCUGCCGUCGAGAGCGGCAAGCGUCUUUAUGACACUAUUGAAAAGAUGGUCGCCGGCACCUACAACUCAAACACGGUGACGAUGUUUAUGGAUAUUGGCGAGAAGGCUAAGCGUUAUGAGACGGCCUUCAACAACCUGGUGCAGAUGUUUGAGAAUGCCACUCAGCAGGAUAUGCUUGGGAUCUUUACCACCAUCCUGAAGUCGAUGGAGGUAAUGGAGAAUGUCUUGCCUCCAGAAAUGUGGAAAAUGAUGAAAAUAUCGGUCAAGGUCGUUGAUAUGUUUGUCCUUGAGAUAAACAAGAGGAUGGAAAAGAUGACAAAAUAUGGUAUCAGACUUGGUGACAUGUUCGAAGCACCCUCUAUGGUCCGUGACUUCUUGAACGCGACGUUGUCGAUGACCCCUUCUAUGAUAGACGGCAUCAUGAACAUGAUACUUGAACCAGAUAAGGUGAUUGUUACUCUAUUGACGAACCCGAACCCCUGUGGUGGGACCUUCUUCACCACGAUGUUCCCCAAGGCCAACCCAACGUACGUCGCGGUCAUGGAGAAGAUGAUAUGUUACACCAGUUUAGAUUCAAUUGGGAAGGCACUAUCGAAGGAACCAUUUGUUGUCAUGAUGGUAAACUUCACUGAAUCUAUUACGUACAAGGAAACAAUGCCGUCACCACCAAAUAGAUGGAAUGUCACCAGCAUUCAAGUCUCAAAUUAUAAAGAUAUACCUGUCAACUUCACCGAGGUUGGCUUACACGUGUUCGAGACUUGGCGAAUUAUGGAGAAACUGGUCAAUGUAACUGGACCGUACCUGCCCGAUGUUCCUGGGUUCAACCUCACGUCUAUCGAACUGACAACUCAGAAAAUGAUCAUGAAGAUGAAUGCGAUGGAUUGGAACAAGUACCUCGCGACCAUAACUCAGCUGACACCGUUAUUGGUGAACGCAACUGCCCAGAACAUGUUUAGUCUUCUUCCUCAAGGGAUGUUGGACACCUUCUUGCCUAUGAUGGAACUCCUCAAUAAACUUGUGCCCCUGCUGAAUGACCGCAUGGGGAUCUUGUUGCGUUCGAACCUCACAAUUGAGAGUAUUUUCAAGGAUUUCCCUCUCCAUCAGAGAUUGGUAUCGAUUCUGAACUACAUGCCACAAAUAACUGAGGUUUUGAUCACCUCCGUAGAGCCAGACAAUGUUCAAAAGCUAAUGAAUAUGACGUACCCAGCACCACUUGACCUGAUGAGGACGUACAAUAACCUGUGUAGCAAUGAUGCGGCGAAGUACUUCACCAUCCCAUCCACAGCUGUACAGUUCAGAUACGUCCUUCAGACUGUGUGUGUAAUUUUAGGCAACCCAGAACAGCUCCUCAAUGAAUUCUACAGAUUCACUGGAGUCAGUGCUGUAAGGGAAUGGCAAAUGCUGCAGGCGCAUACCAACAGGUCAGAAGCCGCUAAAGCCGUUACCUUUGCUAAGUAUGUCUCGAAUGUCCUCGAGAUGAACAAGGUGAUCCAAGAUCUCUUCACGAAGCUGACGAGCCCAGGUAACGGCCUGAUCAUUUCACCACCGCUGUGGCUUGACGGACGCGUCUGGCAGCAGGCUUUGAUGAACGUCAACAGUAGCAUAACGCUGCUGCAGACAAUGAAUACAGAGCAAAUGGAACAGUACCAAUUGAAGCUGGUCGCAGCGUUUAACCCCCACAUGCAGACAUUAUUGACCGCCACAGACGUAAACGGUUUCUAUCACGCUGUCAUGCUUACUGAAGAUGUAUUGAUAGAUGCCGUGACACGGUUCAUUGCAAAUGGGACCUUGAAGUUCGAGGACAUGCUGAAGGGAUUACCUGAGAUGCAGAAGGUGACGCAAAUGGUGGGCUAUUUCCCACAAGCCUUUGAGAUCCUGACCCUGACUAUGUUACAUCCAACGAAAGCCUCGCAGUUCGUCGAUGCCAUCAACAAGAUGGAGGUCCUGCCAAAGAUCUGUAGUGGUGCCCAAGACCAGGUCCUCGACAUCCCAUCCUACCUGAUGGCAGAUUUCAUGGCGCUCAAACCCAAGCUAUGUGCCGUCAAUACUACAAAAUUCAUGCAGGAACUCGUGACACUACCAGUUGCUGACCUUUUCGGACCAAAAAUGAAUGAAAGUUUACACAACAAGGCCCCAGUCAAUUUCACCGCAUUUUACGAAAAGUCUUUCAUGAUCAACAGGCUGAUUACGCAACUGAUAAUGGCGCCUCCUAACAUUGACUUUGGAAAUCUCAUGGUGUAUAAUGCGACGUUAUGGAGUGAAAUGAUGAUGAGAAUUCUGAGACAGCUGAAUGACCCCACAAGAUUCAGCCUGGCAAAUAAUGUGAUGUUGGCCACGUGGCUUCAGGAGAUGGUCAAGGUCGACCCCAUCUUAUCUAAAGCUGUGUCUGUUGGAAACCUUGUCAUGGACUUCUUGGUGAAGGAGUUGUAUCCAAUGAUAGGUGCCAACCUGACCUUAGAUGACCUGAUUUCCCCUGUCAAAUACCCGACUCUGGCCAAGCUGACGAAACUACUUGACUACAGUCCUCAGAUUGUGCAAGUCCUCAUCGCGACGUCAACCAUGAAGAGUGGACCGCUCACUGCCCUCUUCACAACACCCAAACCCCUGCAAGCAUUCUGCGCAGCCCCUCUCGACACCUACUUGGCCAUCCCCGCAGGCACUGAAGUGGCCAUGAAUCUAGUCAACACGACCGUCUGCGGCUUGGACCAAGCCAAGAUUGUGGCUGAAUUCAAUAGCAGGAUUGGGAACUUGUCAAGCAAAAUUGAAGCGCUUUUCAUGGACAAGUCCUUGGCGGUGAUUCCUCAACCGAACGUGACGGAAUUCCUAACAAACGUCGACCUCAUGCAAAAGAUUCUUAUGACGAUGAUCACAGCGCCUCCGCAGUGGGUGGGGUACUACGACUGGAUGAAUGCAACAGUAUGGCAUAACGUCCUUGAGAAUCUCGAGAAGAUGUGGCCCAAUGAUACAGCUUCCAUAAUCAACCAGGCCCUAGCAGGACUACAACAGGGCCUUGACAGCGUCAUGCCGAUGCUCGCAAAUAACACGGAGGCACUCCAAGGUUUACGCACAACGCAAGAACUUCUGAACUGGAUGAACAACUACCUGAACCAGGGCACGAAAUGGAACCCUUUCUCUCUGAUUGAGAAUACGACUGAGUUGAACAAACUGUGGGAGAUCGUUAAGAGGAUGCCGACUGUUCUGGAUAUGGUCCUGAACACGAUGACUGAUCCUGUCAAGAGUAAUGCCCUGGUCAAUGGUCUUAUGAUCAAUCCAGCCACAUACUUGGCUACGAUCUGCCAGAACUCGAACUGGAGCACUGUGUUUAGCCAUCAUCUGAGCCAGGGACAGGAGGUGAACAAGAUUAGACAAGAGCUCUGUAGCCUGAAUAUGACAUUGCUGGAAGCUGAGGUCAAACAAAUGGCUCAAACAGAAUUUGGUGCAAUCAUCAAUGCCGCAACCAGUAAUGCCACUGGGAGUUUCAACACUGCAAACCUCUUCACCUCAAUCAACACAAUGAGCAACUUAAUCCAGAAGUUGGUUGGCGAGACCGCCCCUGGGAAAUUCCCAUUCGCUUUCAACCCAAAUGACUAUCCAUUAUUCAAUGAGCAAAUCUGGAAGACCACUGUGGACAGAUUCUUGUUUGAGAUGCAGAAUAAGAUAGGCAAUGACACAGAUAGCAUUAUAGCGCUGGUUGGCCAGUUUGACUGGGUAUUCACCACCCUUCUUGCCCAGACUGGAGCAGCCUCGGGUGAUAUCCAAAAUGCCAUGGAAGCUCUGUCCUCACUGACGGGGAUGUUCAACAAUGUUGUGAAGUCUCUGAUGGACAACUCCUUCAGUAUGGAAGUGGUUCUUGGCCAGGGCUCCGAGAUUCAGAAACUAACCAAGCUGUUCAACGCCCUCCCAGACAUCACUGGAAUGAUCAUGGCUGCUGGAAUGAACACUCAUCAGAGUGGACCUUUCCUAACCCAGCUUGCCAUGAUGAACGGGACUGACGAUUUCGUCGCCUUGUGCAAGUCUGACUGGAAAAAGUAUCUCACGAUGCCCAAGGGAUCCAGCAUCAAUGUAGCAGACGUCCAGUCUGCUGUCUGCUCCCUCAAUAUCACCUUGCUCGAGCAGCAGAUGUCAACCGAGUUCGGUUCCCUGGUACAGUUGAUGGGUGGUUCCAGUGGAUCCAAGACUCCCUUCAGUUUUGCCUCCCUCAUCAUGAAAGCCACCCAAACGGCGGCCAUCACUUCCAAGCUGAUAGGUGGCGUGAACAUCUCCACAUCGUCGUACCCCUGGGCCGACGAGAGCCGCUGGAUGUCAAUCAUCAACGACUACAACGCACAAACACAGAAUGUUUUGGCUCAGAUUCUCAACGGCAUUGAAGGAUUUGGCAGCAUGUUAGCAGCAACCGUACCAAACCAGGAGCUGAUGCCGGCCAUCCAUAUAAUGAACCAGGUCAUGGAGCUUGUCCUCACGAAGAUGGGAGACUUAAACCAGACUCAUAUCGUCCUGUCGGACCUGUUCAAGUCACCAGAGCUGAAAAAACUGUUCAUGUACCUUGAUAAUGCACCAUAUUUAUUUGACGUGCUUACAUACUCGAUGCAGAUGCCUAUGUUUUGGAAUCUCACAAUGGAGAAAAAUAUCACCGUGGCUUUCCUGAAGUUGUGUCAUCCCAUGUCGGACGUCACCCAGUAUUUCGGUGUUCCUGCUGGAUCCAAUGCCAAUUUGACCGCUUUGAAGGAAGAAUUCUGUAAGAUCAACAUUGCCACGCUGAUGGAGGAAGCGCAGGCGGAGUUCAACAUCCAAGACAUCAUUGCCGCUGGAAAGAACGUUUCCCCCGCGAACUGGACAAUGACCGGCUUGAAGUUCUACCAACUUUACCAACAAAUCGACAAGUGGGUAAAGAAUAAACCUGAGGUUCAACUCCCAAAAUGGACAAACGGAACACAGUGGAUUGCGACGUUCACUAAUUAUGCCGCCUCAAUGAACACUUCACAGGACAUCUUCCAAACGGUUAUGAAAACGUUCGUGAAUAUGAUCCCGCUGUUUGAAAAUGAUUCUAACGCGCUUGCGUUCUUCGGCGUUCUGAAUACCAUGAUCAAAAUGGCCAAUGAUAAUAUGAAACUUAUCGGUCCAGGAAUGUCGAUUACUUUGUACGAUAUUGUCCAGAAUGUUCCGCAGUUGAAGGACUUGGUGAAAUUGAGCUUGAAUCUGUCUACGGAUGUCAUGGAGUCAGCACUCUACACGACAUUCCUUGAUCCUGCGAAACUGAUGGCGUUUGCUGUGGCUAAUGAUUCGUUAGCGGCGCUGUGCGACCCGACAACUGGACUAGCAUCCGCUAUCACGGUCCCUGCGAGCGUCAAAGUCGAUGCUCAGGAAAUCCAGCGAAUCAUGUGCAGUGUCAAUAUAACGACCAUGCGGGCUGAGAUUAUGACGGGAUUCCACAUGAACCAAUUCAUCAUGGCAAUCACAAUGGCGACCCAAAACCAAAUCAAGUCGGUGAACUGGACGGAACUUCUGACAAACUCAGCCGAGUUUACAACCCUACUGGAUAACCUUAUCAAGAAUCCUCCAACAUUUAAAGUGAAUCUUGACGAAAAUGCUUUCAAGGCUGUUUUUGAUCAAUUCAUGAAGAACAUCAAUUUAGAAGAUAUGAAGAGCUAUCAUAAGUUGAUUGAGGUUAUGAUGACUGCUCUUCAGGGAAGCGACAUUUGGAACCAGCUCCAACCUGUCUAUAGCAUGGGGUUCGUCAUCGCGGAAUACGUCAACACGAUCCUCGGACGUCUCCAAGUGACAGAUGGCAAGUUGGAGUUGAUGUCGCUAUUUGGCAAUGCUGAUAAACUCAAGGACAUUCUGAAGGUGACCUUCGGAUUCUCAAAUGACCUUGCCAAUGGAUUGCUCUCAACUCAGAUCAAAGUUGACAUGAUUGUUCCGCUCAUGGUGAAUGCCAUCCAAGCCCCGGAUACCUUCUUCAAAAACCUAGUGUGCAGUGAAGCUCAGUUGAAUCGGUAUUUCUACAUCUCACCAUCCCUCAAUGCCACAAUGGUCAAAAAUGCUUUCUGCGGCUUCAACGAAACCGCGAUCCUGGCAGAAAUCCAGAGAGAAUUUAACAUCGCGUCUCUCAUGCAAAAGAUUGCUCAAGUCAACAAUGGAACCUACAACAUCAACAUAAUGAAUUAUCUGCAAGCAUCUGAAAGUCUCGUGGCGAAACUCAUGACCUUUACGAAUGUCACCGGUCUGACCUUCAACCAGAUUGACCUUUUCAAGCCAAUAAACAUGACUGCUGCCCUGGACAAAUCCAUGCUUCAGUUGGUGGCAAAUCUGCCCAAACUUGAGGUGGAGACAUUCACACGAAUGCUUGAGCAGAUAAUGCCAUUGAUUGAGAAGGAGGCGUUCUGGAACCAAACCAAGUCGUACCUUAUCCUUAUCAACACGGUAGCAGACGUCCUCAACAAGAAGGUUUCAAGUCUGAUUGGUUCUAAUCUCACCCUGGACUCUCUCCUAAAGGAUUCGACCACUCUCAAGACGUACCUCCGCAAAUUGUUUGCAUCGGCCCCGCAGCUCGUCAACGGAAUCAUGUCAGCCCAAGUUGAUAUCGCGAAGAUUUUGUCCACAAAUGACACAGAAUCCCUGCAGACGGCUCUAUGCGGAGACGCCCUCAAGUUCACCAACGUGAAUGUUACAGCAAUACACGAGUCGCUGUGUAAGGCGAACCUGACUGCAGUGAUUAAGGAGCUGAAGCUUGAAAUCAACUACGACAGGAUCUAUGCCGAGAUUGUAACUAUUUCGUCCAUGCAACCUUCGCCAACUCCAUUCAACUUGACCACGACCAUUCUCAAUAUGCAAACCUUGGCCACCAACUUUGCAACCCUUGCCGCCACUACCAAGCUGCCUACUUUAGGCCAGUUCUUCAACUACACGGGCAAUAUGACUGAGUGGGAGCAACAGUGGCUCCAGUUCACGUCACAGCCAUUGCAACUGGAUGACGCACUGAUAAACAUCAUCGGCAGCACAAUGGAGAGUAUCACUCCAAUGCUGGCAAACAGUCUUGGGCCAGUGCUACCAACCAUCAUCAAGGCAUACGAGUUCAUGGUCAAGCUUGUCAAGGAUCGCCUGAUCCAGUUCGGAGGUCGACCGAUCACGCUGAAUACACUUUUCAACAACGCAACGCAGGUCCAGAUGAUCAUCCAGGCAACAUUUGGCUUGGACGUGAAGACAGUAGAAGCAUUGCUUCUGUCAAGUGUGCAGUCCGAUAAGCUGAUUCAAUUGAUUGCAUCCCAGGACCCAUUAAAGUCGAUCUGCGCAUCCGGCCUGGACUUCCUCACGCCACCUAGUGGUGCCACUCUAGACCUAUCCAGCAUCCAGUCCAUGAUGUGCAAACUUAAUAUCACCAUCCUCAUGCAGCAGCUUCAGGAUGAGAUCAAGCUGAGUGAACUCCUUGUGCUGGUUAACACAACAAUGACCAAUCCAAAUACUUACGUCAACUGGACAAGUGCCAUGUUCGAAAGCAAACAACUGAUUGAACUGAUCGCAUCACUGGUCCAGAAGCCUCCAACACUUGACCCAACCCUCCUGGCUCUAUUCGACUUAACUAAGUACAGCCCAGCGAUAAUGGCAUAUGUAAACCGAACGACCCAGUUGGCAGAGUCUAUGGAUAUCGCUGGACUUCUGUCGCAGUUCCAGCCCCUUCUUCUCGGCGCUUUAGCCCCUCUGCAGGGAACUGAAGCCAUGAACAUCACACUGCAGGCCUACCAGAUCACAAAAGCCAUAUUGGAUUUCACCAACUCGUUGCUGUCACAAGUGACGGUCACCAACGGACAGGUUAAUAUCGGUGGACUAUUCAAGGACAGCCAGCGCCUGAAAGACAUUAUGGACGUGACUUUUGGACUUGGACCAACAUUCGUCUCGGGAAUCCUAUCCUCAGUUAUGAGUGUUGAAAAGUUGGUUCCACUCGUUUCACAAGGACCUGCAGCAAUUCCUGUCCUGGAGAAAAUCGCGUGUGACGAGGGCUUGCUUAAGCAGUAUUUCACAUUCCAUUCGACUGUCAACGUUAUGCUGGUCAAACAGGCCUUCUGCGGCAUCAAUGCUACGCUGCUUCUGGCCGAGUUGGAGAAGGAAUUCAGCUAUUCAAAGCUCAUCAGUGAGAUCCAGAUGGCACUCAAGUCUCCCUCCACAAACAUCGACUUUGCCAGCAUUUCGUCAACAAUCCAACAACUGAUGGCAAACAUCAACAAGUUCACCGGAGCGUCUGGCGUGAUUUUCAACGAAAAAGAUCUCAUGAAAUAUUUCAACUUUUCCGCGAACAUGGAUCAGACGAUCAUGGCGUUUGUGGCGUCACUACCACCUCUGGAAACAGCGACGUUUGCCAAAAUUCUCGAACAAGCGACUGCUAUGCUUGAGAACACCCCGAUUUGGAGGACUAUUAAGGGUUAUCUGAAUGUUAUCAACAUUGUUGUGGAUGUGAUGAAUAAUAAAAUCAAGGAUAUACCUGCAUCAAACAUGACAAUAAAAGACCUGUUCAAGAACUCUCCCCAGGUUCAUAAGCUUCUAACGUCAACGUUUGCUUUGACCCCCGUUCUGUUGGAAAAGGUCAAUCCAUUUUUGGCUGCACAGAUCCAGACAACAAAUGACCUGAAGCAGUUCCUAUGUGACGCCGUCAAGAACUCGUCGCAGCCGAGCAGUGCUGCCACCAUCUGUUCAUUCAACGAAACUGUGCUUCUACAACAACUGAUGAUGGAGAUUAACUAUCCUGCAAUCGUGGCUGAGAUCUCUAAGAUUGGACCAAACUACACUGCCCCGUUCAACUGGACGACCACCUUGAGGAACGCCCAGCAUCUUGUUCAAAACUUCAUGACGUUAGCCAACACGAUCAAGCUGCCUACAGUCCAGGAGUUCUUCAUGUAUACUGGGAACUUUACUGAAUGGGUAAUGAAGUUGGAGCAGGCCGGACUUGUGUAUGCCAACCCCACCGUCGACAGUAUCGUUGCUUCGAUUGGUGCGACCCUUGACAGCAUUCUGCCAAUGCUGCUACCCAAGAAUGACACCACUGCUCAAGAGUUCCUGUUUGUCAUCAAGAGUUAUGACUACUUUGUGAAGGUCAUCAAGGACAGGCUUGUUGCAUUCACAGGAGGCCAGCCUAUCACGCUUGAGAAGAUCCUGAAGAACGCAAACAGGACCAAGGAACUACUAAGAUCUGUGCUGAACCUCGAUGCGGCCAUGAUCGAGGCUUUGCUUUCAUCAACGGUCAACACGGACAAGCUAUUUGCUCUACUCAGCCAGCCGGACUUAGACCAGCAACUCUGCCAGUCGUCCAACAGUCUGAGCCAGUAUUUCAGCCUUUCACCCAGCGUAGGUGUCAGCAUAGACCAGCUACAGAAAGCCAUCUGCAAUGUCAAUGUGACCAUCUUGUUAGAGGAACUGUCGCGAGAGUUUGAUAUACAGAAGUUCGUGCAAUGGUCAAAGAUCCAAGGACCAAUCACUCUCAACUGGACGUCGACCGUCAUGAAUUCUUACGACCUCGUCAAGACCUUCAUGCAAUUGAUCUCAUCUGAGCCCGGCGUCUUGGACAGCAGUAUCCUAAACUUCCUAAACACAUCGCAGCAGCUCGGGCCAAUAUUUGAGAACUGGUUCCAAAUGAUGUUGAAUUCGAGUCUGGGAGCCAAUAAUUACCAAAAUAUUGCGAAUCUUCUUGAAACUGUGGUCACAAUGAUGGGAAACUCCUCUGUCAGCCAAGACAUGAUGAAAUUCCUCUACGGUGCAAACUUCUACUUGGAGUACCUGAACCAGCGGCUCACACAACUCACAACGCAACCAUUGACUUUGGAUUCUCUCUUCCGUAACAUGACAUCGAUCCGCUCCUUGCUGGAGGCGCAGCUGAAAACAGAAGAUGUCAUUGUAGCACUCAAUGCUGAAAUCAAACCUGACAAGUUGAUGGCAUUGAUCCAAGCAGUCAACAACAAGAGCAUGACAAUUGAGGGCGCCCUCUGCAGUGCCGCAGACCUACUACAGCUGCCGGCAAACUAUACAGGAAAUCUCAAGCAGUACAUCAAGAACCAGCUCUGUACCAACACGACUGCUAUUCUGGAGGAGCUAAAGGAUGAGUUCAGGAUUGAUGAGUUAAUGGCUGGGCUAACCCAACCCAAGCCCUUCAAUUUCACCGACAUCGUUACAAACAGCGACAAGUUCUAUAAACUGCUGGCCCAGCUCAUCAAAGUUCCACCCACAGUUGGUGCCGAUCUCCAGAAUCUUUUCAACAUGACUGGUCUUGACUUUGAUGUCAUCAUGAAGGAAUUGGGAAAAAUGGACCCUUCGAGACUACUGUCCUUGGUGUCCACCUUCGGCCCAAUGUUGAACUCCCUGGACCAGAGCAUGGGCGGAUUCAUGGUCAUGCUGCAGCUGCAAAUCAGUUCCAUCGUCAAAAACCUGGAAUUUAUGGCCGCCCAAGGCUUCGACUUGGAGAAAUUCCUGACCAACUCAACGGCGCUCGAUACGUUCUUUCAAAACAUGUGGUCGACGAACACAGUCGAGAACCUGGCGCUAACAUUCAACUUUAUGAUACCGCCCCAGUUCAUGUUACUCUCCGGAUACCCCGUCAUUAAGUCUCUGGUUUGCAAUGAGGCCGCCCUCCGCAAACUGAUCAAUGCGCCCGCCUACCUAGACGUGGCCAGCAUGAGUGGAGCCAUGUGCAACAAGAACGGCUCGCAAUGGGUUAACGGUUUGUUGAGCGCGAACAUCAGCCAAGGAGAAAUAAUCAACCUCGCAUCAAAGCUCCAGAUGGUUCUUGUGAUGAAUGCAACUAUGCCGGUGUUACCAACAACGCCCAGUGCCAACUGGGUAAAAAUGGAGGGGGACCUGAAGAAACUCGCCGAGAUUUUCAAAAACGUGCAGAAGCUUCCUCCUGGUUUCAUUCCUGGCUUCAAUGAGAGUUACUGGAAACCUCUGAUGGAGGCAUUCGUAAAGAGUCUCGAGAGUGGAAUCACAACACAGACCCUCAGCUUGUUGAACUUCAUGGAUCCUCUCCUCCGUGACCAGCAGUUCUGGAACCUGAUGAAGAAAUACAUGCAGGAGUUUGCUACAUUUACCGAAUACAUCAACACAAUGCUUGGCAAACUCCAGGAUGGUGGCAAGCAACUACAACUGGUGAAUCUGUUCCCGAAUAAGGAUGCGGUAGUAAAUGCGUUGUCCCAAAACAUCUCCCAGGCCAAUAUUGCAGAGUUUCUCACCGCUGUUGUCGAGCCACGAAAGUACCUCGAGUUGCUCCAAGCGGGUAACAAAGCUGAGGAGUACUUCUGCAACGCCACGCUCUUCAGCGCCACCUUCCAGUAUCCUGCCUCAAUGGAUGCGGCCAAACUGCAGCAAGUGAUGUGUGCGUCCUUCAAGAACAACAAGUUAGGAUUACAGCAAUUCAUGUCACUGUUGAACAUCGAGUCUCUUGUCAAAGAGAUUGAACGUCUCACUGGCACCAACCCCACCACGCCAAUGGAUAAAAAUCCAUUCGAAUACUUCGUCACGCAGAUUCGCACAUUCGUACAGAGCAUAAAUCUUAUGACCAUUUUCAUUCCUGGUGACACCAGUGCCGAAUUUCAGAAAUAUUUCCGAACAAUUGAGACUGCCCUCGCUGUGAUGUUACAGCAGUCUUCGACAAACUUCGGCCGAAUGUGUGACGCAACGCAAGCUUUACUGAAUGAGGCUUGGUUCAAGGAGGCCAGACCAUUUGACGUGACUAUUCAACUUGGAAUGGAGGUGGCAAGUGACUUGCUCAAGGGCCUGGUGGGACUAGAGCCCGAGAUAUGCACGGCCCAAGGAUCAAGCAUCACAAAUGUUUUGAGGAAGUUCGCUGAUAUGAACAUUGUUCAGAGCAUUACAAAGGUGAUGAAAGUCUUCAAUGGUGAGAUCACCGAGUCAUUCCAGUGCAGUCGGUCAAUUAAUGCAGGCAACUCCAUCUAUGAAACAUUUGAUAAACUGCUCUUAAACGGCGUGCAGAACAAUCAGAAGAUUACGAAAUGCGUGGAAGAUUUCUUUACAAAGAACUUUGCAUCAAUCAAGGAUGUCCAAGGCUUCUUCAGCCUGAUGUUGGAGUUCCAGACCGUCAUAAACGAGGACCUCUUCAAUACGAACUCUAGUGAGGUUGGCGCCAUCAUUGACGCAGUCAUCAGCGGAAUCUUGCGACAACAGCCUGUUGCUAUGAAGAUAAUGGAUAUCUUCAAGAAGGACAUGAAUAUAACCGACACCCUGCUGAACAUUGCUAAAGUCACACCAGAAAUGGUCAACAUCAUCCUCCAGUCAACAAUCAACUUGGACGUGAGCAAGUUUGAAAAUAUCUCCGACGCAGAAAUGAAAGCUAUCUUUUGUUCCCCUGCCGAACUUUCAAAACACAUCAAUGUGCCCGCAGUCUUUAAGUUGGACUUUGUUGUCCUGAGCAGCCAGCUGUGUUCGGCGGCCCAGAAUUUCAGCAUCUCCCAGCUCAGGAAUGGGCUCAACCUGGCUAAGAUUGCUAUCGUGAUUGGCGGAUCAAAUAAUCCAGGUGUUGUUGCAUCCGACUGGUUGGACGAGAUUGUUGUACACAUUUCUGACAUCGUCCGAUACGGUUCAAGUUUGUUUGAGCUGGUGGAUAUGGUGAUGCCAUUUGACAUUGACAAGAUAAUCAAAAUGCUUCCCAAGAUCCAAGAAUUGAUGCUGGACGGUACGCCAGAGAAAAUAUUUGACAGUCUUGUGGCCCUUAUCAGAGAGUUUGAAGUGUUUGCAACCACACCAGAGACAAAACAACUCGUGAAAGACGUGGCCAAGUUUGCCAAUGGUCUCCGCGAUCUCAAACUCUUCAAGUUCAUGUUCAAUGUACGUAUGAGUGACUUGAUCAAGGAUGACGAAGCCUUUGCUAAUUACCUGAUCAAGGAAAUUGGAAUGACACCAGACGUGACCAAGGCUCUUCUCAAUUCCAGCUUCUCGUUCUUGGAGAUGGAACUCGUGGUCAAGAAGAACAUCACGGCCUACUUCUGUGACCCUGUCAAGCUGACGAAGCUGAUGACAUUGGACAAAGCGUCCACCGUGAAAGCAAGUGACAUUACCAGCGCUCUGUGCUCCAUGAAUGCAAACAAGACUGCUGAGGUCAUGGAGAAGUUGAUCGUCGAGUUGGAUAUUGGAGAACUCAUCAAAACGUACGUGACCAUGACCGCUGACCAAUUGUUCAAGGAGGGAAAUGUUAGCAUGGAUGGAAUCAAGGACACCAUGGAGAAACUGAAACCAUUGACAGACCAGCUGGAGAAAUAUCUACAAGAGCUGUCGGAAUUCACCAAAGCUCUGCCCAGUAUCCCAGGCAAGGCAAGCGGACAGGUUUCGCCAGGCGGGCCAGCUACUGCUAAACAAACAGCACCCGAGUCUGAGCCUGAGUCUUCUGGCGUCAUGUCUAUGAUGAGCGAGAUGUUGUGUGGCAGCCCCGAUGCCAUGUCGUUCAAAGACGAGUUUGGAAUUGCUGACAGCAUUGGGGAAACGGACACAUCGUCUCCACAGUACCAGAAAGAACUUAACGAAUUGCCAGGUCAAUCGUGCGCCGAAAUCUACAAAACCAUUCGAUCAAUGCCGGGUGGCUCCAUCAUUUGGGCAUACAUCAAACCGCUGAUGCUUGGCAAGAUCCCGUAUUCACCAGAUACUCCGAUGACAAGGCAGAUUAUGAAGCAGGCCAAUGCCACAUUCGAGGAGCUCGGCGACUUGAAAAUGAUGCUGGAGGAGUUUGUGAAGCAAGGCGGAGGACUCAAUGCUAUUACUAACAACACUGAAAACAUCAACACCCUGAAGGAUGCUCUGACCAACCCAUUCGUGAGUGGAGCAAUUGAGGAAGCAUUGGGCAUGAAAGGAGACGAGUUGAUCAAAAUGAUGGAGAGCUUCUCCUUGGUCCAGACCGACGACUUGGAGAAGAUGCUGUACUAUUCAAGCAUGAUGCUCAACUACACCGACUGCGUUGACCUCGAUAGAUACGUUGGCGUGAAGGAUGAAAAAGAACUCGAGAAAGUUUCUGCGGAGCUUGGAAGAAAUAGGAAGGUCAUGGCGGCGCUUGUUUUCAUUGAUGGUACCUCAAAUAGAAAGAAACGUGCUGCUUCGCCAAAUGGAACAGCAGACGUCAUGCCCAAACAUGUCAAGUAUAAGAUCAGAGUGGACAUUGACAACACGCCUGCAGUCUAUCUUAAGUACCAAGAAUAUUCCAAGUCAGGCCCAGGCGACGAUUUUGCCAGUGAUCUUCGCUACAUGAGGGCAUUUGUCCCGCUACAAGACAUGGUGGACAAGGCGAUCAUCAGCGCCCAGGUGGGCAAAACCAUUGCAACACCGUCACUGAAAGUCAAGCAGUUCCCUUACCCCUGUUAUAACUCUGACAGCUUUUUUGGACGUUUCAAACACGUUUUAUUGCAAUUGAUCAUGAUCCUGGCCUGGUUGAUAUUUAUUGCAUCUGGCAUUGCCUCUGCGGUUAAGGAUCGAGAGUCAGGCAUGGAAGAGACCCUGCGAGUGAUGGGUAUGAGCAGCGUCGUAAACUUCCUGUCGUGGUUCUUCACGACGAUGAUCAGCCAGGUGAUCAUGUCAAUCCUCAUCAUCGUCAUCUUGAAGUUGUCGAACCUGCUGCCAUACAGCAGUUGGUUGCUCAUGAUCCUCCUACUAGUGGCAUUUUCGUUUUCAACUACGAUGCUUUGCUAUUUGAUAAGUGCAUUUUUCACCCGCGCCAGCUUAGCAUCAAUGGCUGGCAUCAUAGUCUAUAUGUUUGGCUAUUUGCCUUGGACAUUCCAUGAGGCCCUUGGAAUGACGGGCCGGUAUAACGAAGCGUAUUAUUUUUCACUGUUGUCACCAUCAGCGUUCAGUUUCGCUGCGGGUUACGUGUCACGUUACGAGGAGAUGGGUGUCGGCAUCCAAUGGGACAAUAUCUACGAUGUGUACCCUGGUGAGAUCAUCACGUUCUCAUGGGCAUGCAUCAUGAUGGUCAUCGACGGGGCAAUCUACUUCAUCAUCGGCUGGUAUGUCCGGAAUGUCUUCCCAGGCAAGUUUGGAAUGCCGCAACCGUUUUAUUUCCCAUUCCUUCCGCGUUACUGGGGCUGUUUCUGCUGCACAAAGAAGGACCAGGCGGCCAAGUACACCAUCAAGAAUGCCUACAGGAACCCCGUAUAUGAAGACAACGAAGCUGUGAAAACUGCCUAUCAUUUGAAAAAGACAGAUCGUGAAUUCACACCAAUGGCAUCCACAAGCAGUACACUUGCCUCAAAAAUAGGCCAGUAUCUCUGCUACAAUGUGUGUUGUCCCACGGCACAGAAUAUGUGUUGUCCCACGCAGAAAAAGAAGAAGUAUACAUUGAACACAAAUGCUCCAAGAUUCAAUGGCACACAUUUCAAAACAGAAGAUCCAGAGAGCUUCCUAAACGAGUCAGAGCCUGUCCAUCUUCCAGUUGGCAUCUCCAUUCACCACCUGACCAAGAAGUACAAGAAGAAGAAGGUUGCUGUCAAUAACCUGUCCAUGAAUUUCUACGAGGGUCAGAUCACUGCCCUGCUUGGACAGAAUGGAGCUGGAAAAACAACCACGAUCAACAUGCUAUGUGGAAUCUUCCCACCAUCAUCUGGCUCUGCUUACAUCAACGGCAAGAGCAUCUGGACCGAGUACAGCCAGAUUCGCAAAACGCUUGGCUACUGCCCUCAACACAAUGUCCUCUUCGAUUCUAUGACGGUGAAGGAACACAUGAAGUUCUUUGGCAAGCUCAAAGGCAUUUUGAGCGCCAAGAAACUGAAGGCAGACAUUUCUAGCCUACUGGACUCAAUGGGCCUGCGCCACUUCAAGAACGAGAAAGUGCGUAACCUCUCGGGUGGUAUGAAAAGACGUCUGUCGGUCGCCAUCGCCUUUGUUGGCGGUUCCCGUGUAGUCAUCCUUGAUGAGCCGACGGCUGGCGUUGAUCCUGCGGCCAGGAGGAACAUCUGGGAUCUGAUUGCCAAACACAAAGAAGGCCGCACCAUCCUGCUGACCACCCAUCACUUGGAUGAAGCAGACAUUCUUGCAGACAGGAUUGCCGUCAUGCACCAGGGCAAACUCCUGUGCACCGGAUCAUCCAUGUUCCUGAAGAACAGGUUCGGCCGAGGCUACCUCCUGACUAUCUCGAAAUCGAAAGUGGACCCUGAUGCUUCUGCAGAUUCGGUCAAGUCAUUCGACAGCGGUGCCGUUAUGGAGUUCAUCAGCCGAGAACUACCCGGGGCCUACAUCGAGGAAGAAGUCGGAUCAGAAGUGCGCGUGUUACUCCCGAUCAGCCAGCGUGAGACGUACCACAAGUUCUUCAGCCUCCUCAACACGUUUACUAAUGACCUGAUGAUCUCGUCUUAUGGUGUGUCUGACACUACGCUAGAGGAGGUGUUCCUGAGUCUUUGCCACCUGGCUGACAAUGGCAAGCAAUUGACACGCGAGAAUGUCGAUGAGAUGCAUCAUCAACACAGCAUGAAGCAGACCAACGGCACCUCCCCAGACAACGGGGUCAUGUCUCUGAGCAUUGAGGAGCCACCAGCGCCUGUCAAUGGAGCCCAGCCACCAGAGGGAGCUAAUGGAACAAAUGGCAUCAAUGGGGUGAAUGGCAUCAGUGGCACAGAUGGCAUCAACGGAACCUCGACCCAGCAACGAAAGAAGACCGUCUUCAAAGUGGGCGGCAUUGCUCUGAAGUUCAUCCAGUUCUGGUCGCUCUUUGUCAAGCGCUUCCACCACCAUCGUCGCUUCCUCCGAGGCUUCAUUACGUAUCUGAUUCUGCCCUGCUUGUUUAUUGCCUUUGCAAUGUGGACCAACACCGUAUCACCAGGAGUUGGGGACUCCGGAUCCCGACAGAUGACGCCGGCUCUGUAUGGAGGAAAUGUCUUCUACAAGAAUUCAAACCCAAUCAACUUCAACAAAUUGAUGUCAGAGAGUUUACUCGGCCCUCCUGGAAUUUCAACCAAUUGUAUGCCUGGAUUCCGCUCACUACCCAAUGUCUGGUAUAGGGACAGACAGAGAAAGGAGGAACUAGCUUCGAGGGAAAUAGCGGUGUGCCUCAAUCAAACUGUCUCACCGCCGUUCACCACGCCGAUCCUGACGCAAGCGCAAAAAGACCAGUACAAGAACCCACCGAGCUGCAAAUGUGACGGUGCGAGACAGGUGUGCCCGGCAUACGCAGAAGGUUACCCACCACCAAGGAAAACGAUGAACUCGUCGGAGACCAUGUUCAAGCUCGACAGUUACAACAUUACUGACUGGAUCCUCAGGACAUAUCAAGAUUUCCCCAAUGACAGGUUUGGUGGCUGGGAAUUUGGAAACACCCAAUCGGCGGCCGCUCAGGACCAGACUGCGACCGUCUGGUUUAAUAAUCGAGGAAUCCACAGCCUGCCAUCAUACGUGAACGGCCUGAGCAAUGCGGUGCAGAGGAAGUAUGCCAAGGAAAUUCUCGGGCAAGACCCUUCAGAAUAUGGUAUCACAGUCUACAAUCAUCCUCUUCCACUCACCACGGAACAGCUGAGUGCUGAAACCAUUCUCCAGAGGGCGUCCCAUCUUGGCACAUCCAUUGUCAUCCUAGUGGCGUUCUGCUUCAUCCCAGCCAGCCUCAUCAUCUACCCGGUUGCCGAGAAUCUGAACCAGGAGAAGCGACUCCAGUUCGUCUACGGUAUAGGCCCUGUCUUGUACUGGCUGACCUCCAUUUUCUGGGAUAUGUUGAUGUUCGCGAUCCCUGUAGGUGUCGCGGCGGGCAUCAUGUAUGGCUUCGAUAUCCCAAUCUACGUGGCCAGGCAGAACCUCCAAGCAUCUGUGGUACUCAUGAUUCUCUUUGGUUGGGCCGCCACUCCAUUCUGUUACAUGAUGGUGCGCACGUUUAAGGAUGCCAGCUCAGCUUUCAUGACCAGUUUCAUCCUCCUUCUGUUCAUUGGAAUCACCUUGACGCUGUGUACAUUCUUGUUAGGAACUUUUGUCACUGCAAGCCCGAUUGUGAAGACUGCCUUAUACUACAUCGAGUACAUCUUCCUUGCCUCACCAUCCUUCGCACUUGGCGACGGCUUCAUCAAGCUCGCUCGUAACCAGAUCCUGGCCGAUAUUUUUGAACCGUAUAAUGAAGACGUCUACAAGAGUCCGUUCUCGUUCGAGAUGCUGGGCUGGCAUUUCGUCGCUCUCGGUAUUCAGGGUGUCGUCUUCUUGCUCAUCACAAUAUGGAUGGAGACGACUUGCGAAUGCUGUUCAAAUGGUUCAAGAUCUGUAACCCACGGUGACGAAGAAGAUGAUGACGUCGUUCAAGAGACAAAGCGCGUGAUGACAGGUGGCGCUAAAGAUGACAUGCUGGUGGUCAAGGGACUCUCGAAGUACUACCGCAGCGGCAUGCACUCAGUCAGAGCCGUCGAUCAUGUCAGUCUUGGGAUACCGAGGGGAGAUUGCUUCGGUCUGCUUGGUCUCAAUGGUGCCGGCAAGACGACCACAUUCAAGAUGCUGACCGGUGAAGUGCCUCCCUCUAGUGGCAAAGCCCGUCUCUUCCGCAAGAACAUCACACACUGCACGUCAAACCUUUCAUCAAAUGUCGGCUAUUGCCCGCAGUUUGACGCGUUAGAUCGGCAGUUGACGGGCGGUGAACUCCUGCGCUGUUACACCAGAUUGAAGGGGAUCAGUGGCCCAGAUGCAGACAGGGUUAUCAAAGACCUGGUCAAUAUGCUUCACCUCCAAGACUGUGUGAAGAAGGUCGUCUCGACUUACAGCGGCGGUAUGAGGCGGAGACUAUCCAUAGCGAUUGCUAUGAUCGGUGACCCACAACUUGUACUCUUGGACGAGCCCACUGCUGGUAUGGACCCCCAGAUGCGACGAUAUGUCUGGAACGCAUUGAUGGAUGUGAUUCACGACGAUCGCUCCAUUGUGUUCACGUCCCACAAGAUGGACGAGUGUGAAUUCCUUUGUACGAGGAUAGCCAUCAUGGUGAAUGGUCAGUUCAGAUGUUUGGGAAGCCCGCAGCAUCUCCGAUCCAAGUUUGGGGAGGGUUACACGCUCACUGUCCGCCUCUCAGAGAAGGCAAGUCCGCUAGAGGUUACUGAGUUUGUUCAGAGUAGAUUCCCCGGUGCCGUCCUAAAGGACCAACAUUUCCAAUUGCUGGUGUUCAAUAUCCCCUCCAAUAUGUCCCAACUUCCCAAUAUCUUCGCCUUAAUGGAGGAUGAGAGACAUAUCCUUGGGGUGGAAGACUACUCAGUCAACCAAACAACCCUUGACCAGGUGUUCGUGAACUUCUCGCAAGAUCAAGAUGAUGGCGUCAUCGAUGAUGAUUCCCAAAGUGACAUCGAGACGAAACAAAAUGAUGUAUUUCAAUCCGCUGCGUUCGACAACAGUCUUUAUGCCACGAACUCUCGGCCAAUGAGAGGCAUGGAAUACAACGAUCCAAAGGGUUACGAGAAUCAAAUGUACGACAACAUGAGUGCGUCGCAGUACGAUAAAAAUAUCACUGGUCAUUCCGGCAUUGUACUCGACGAGAAAUCAACAAAGUUAUAGGACUGUACGCAUUGGCUGUGAUGGUGUUGGAAUCAAAGACUGCUGAAAUUGACAUGAUUUUAGUUCAUGAUCAAUGGAAAAACUUGAAAAGUUUGGAUUCCAGAUUUAUAGAAGUAUUCGACUUGAUGAAGAAGCCCUGCUUCUUGUAAUUCCGCUUGUGGUCGUUCAAACACAAGCUAAUAGACAAUGCAAGCUUUUUAUUUAUGUUUAUAUCUAAAGGUAUCAAUAUUAUUUAUUCAUGUCAGGUUAGGUUGAAUCAUGCAGUGUUAGUUUCUACAUUACUGAUAACUACAAACUGAGAGAUGGUCAGUAAGUUCUCGGUUUCCUCUGUCGUCUGCUGUCAAACACUGAGACCGGUAAUUAUGACCACCCGAAAUCAACUUGGCUAAAUCUGUUCUCAUUUGAAACCUCUUAAAUUUUUCACUUCUGUGGCAUCUGGUUUAAAUCAAUCUUCAUUUCAUGGUUCAACUUAACAAUUUAUACUGUGAUUGAGAUUAAAAUAAAGAGGGUUAAAUAAUGACCUGGUGUGCAAACAAUUGGACUCAACCUUGGCCCAGUAAUGACUUUGGGAAAAGCAUAUGUGAAAAUGUGCAUGGGAGAUUUCUGCACCAGAUGUCAUCCAUGGUGCCAGGGAUUAAUGUACAUGAGCGCUUAGCAACACAUUGCUAGCAAUGAUUCAGAGUGUCUAAUUGUUCUUUCAUUUUGCCUCAAGAAUUCAUGUGUUUUCAAAUGAUUUAACUGAAGAUUAAAGUACCGUAUUUUCCGGAUUAUCCCCCGCACUGCCCUAUGACCCGCACCCCCUUUGACCAUUACCUAAAGCCACGCAAGACCCGCACCUGAUUAUGACCCGCACUGCUCCAAGACCCGCAUUCUCCAAAAAUAGUAAGCCAUUCAUUGAUGUUGACAUCCUAGAACCGCCAUGUUUUUUUUAAUUGUUAACCAAAGUGGAUCAAUUCCAGCAUGGCCGUAACUAUUUUCCCUAGCGGAGACAUCACAAACUAUGCGAUCAUGGCGGAAAUGUUGGUUGAAAACAAUGCGAAAACGAUGGACAUAAAUCCUUAUCAAGUAACCAGUUUGGUCCCCUUUUUUUUCUUUGGGGUUGGGGCUUAUCCCUCUCAGAAUCCAUGCAAGACCCGCACCUUUGUAUUACCCGCACCCCUACUUUUUGGGCCUGUUUGAGGGCAAAAAGCCGCGGGUCAUACGCCGGAAAAUACGGUACUGUACUUAUUAAGAAAAAUAUGGCGCACGCUAGAAUGACACAUUGACUGUACAUGUAUUUACUGCCAAAAUGGACUAAAUUUGCCUAUUCAAAAAAGUAUUCUUUAAAAAGAUGAAAAUAAACCCUGAAUCAUAUUUGCCAGAACUAAGAUUUGAGCCAUUUGUUGCAGUCAAUCAUAAUAAAAAAAUGUUUGAUGAACAAAAUAUUUGAUUGAGUCAUACGUCGUUUCUUCUGAUAUAAUUGACGGAACCACAUUGUAGUACGUUUUACCGCUAUGUCUGUGAUAACAUACUUUACUAGACGUUUUCACUUAACGAGAUGCUCCCGAGAAAUCUUUGAGCCUGCUUUCACAAUCAGCUUGGAAUCAAAUGCUAGGAGCCUGAUUAUUUACCUGGGGAAGGGGGAGGAGGUGAUUAUAAGCAUUCUUCACUGAUCUCAUAUUAUGUAUGUUUUCAUGUUCUAUAUACUCAACUUUUCCCAUGAUUUACAUUCGUAGUAUUAAUGUGUAAAAUAUUUUGCUAGAUAUUUCAAAAUUUAUUUAGAUCAUUUCACUUUGUUCACAUGUAAAUAAAUAUUAGAUUCUUCUAAUUAUACUUCGAGAUUUUGAUUAAUGUUUACUUUGAAUUAACACAUUCAGGUAGCUGCGUAUAACAUUUCAGCUUGAAUUGUGUAUUGUGUAUUGUUAAGAUGCCACACAGCUCAACAAUGUAGUGAGCUUCAAAGAAAAAAGAUACAUGUAGUCUGUGCCGAACAAAAAUAUUUGAACUAUACUCAAAGAAACUACAUGUAUAUGGUUUUAACUGAUGUCUAUCAACAUCUCAGUUAUUAUUUCAAAAUAUGAGAAUAAAAAUUAUCAAAAUCAUGACAAAAAAUAUGUUGCAUAUUUCAAAGCUUAGUCUGUCGUUCCUUUGUUUUUGUGGAUUCAGACAGUUUGUCUGCAUGAUUUUUGAAAUAUGUUGUUCAUUCUUAGGAUAAACGGCCAUAAUCAUGGUAAAAUAUUUGUGCCAACUUAAAGUCUUUCGCUGUCGACUGUAAUCAACAAUUAGGCCUUUUGUCACUGUGUGCCAGCAACGACCCCACUCCCGAGGGUUAUUUGGCACACACUUUUGACUAGAACAGGCUGGUCCUGUUAUUAUAAUUUCAACUGCUAAUGUUCAUUUGGUAUAAUCUGCAAUGUUCAUUGUUCAUCAUGUAGUAUUCAUUGUUCAUCUUGUUCAUCAGUGUGUUAGUAAUAUCGAAUUUGAAAAAAACCCCACAAUUUGGAAAGAUUAUAUAGACAGGAACUGAUUUUGCUAUUUAGAGAAUAUACAUGUGGAUAAAAAAUCUGAUAUUGAUCUAUAAUGAAAUGUUCAACCUUGAUAACUUUCAACCUUGAUUACUUUUGUUGAUUUCAGGAUUUAGUUGUUGUCAUCUGCUGUGAAAAAAUAUAUUGAGUUACAUGUAAAUUAAGUGUCAGCUGCAGAUUGGAAAGUAUUAGCUCUAUAAACAAGUUUUGUUAAAUUUCAUUUUCAUUCUGUGAACCAAAACUUCAUUCUGUUAGAUGUACACUUUACAAAAAUAAUGCACUUAUUCCCACUAUUCAGCAUUGACACUUUGCACAGUGUACUGCACAAUAGCAAAGUAAGAUUGGAUUAGACUACACUAAUCCAACGUGCCUUAAAAUGCUUCUUGAUUUUAUAUGUCACCUGUCACCAAAAUCAGGAAAACAUCGUGCCUGUUCUGUAAUGUCUCCGACCUCAAAGGUCAAAUUUUUGCAGUCUUGAUUUUGAAUCAAGUUUACACCCUCGGAAAUUUUAUGGUUUGCAGUAUAAAGUCUCAAAUCACACGCAGAAAAAUCAGAAAAGCAGUGUUCUCAUAACUUUAAUUUGGGGCCGACUGAUUCGGUCUUUAAUAGACACGUUGUGAGAGUACAAUUAUCAGGUGACCUUCACCUUCAGCCGUAAAGGACUAUUUACCCGUCCUCUUUAUCUAAGGCAACAUAAUGACCAUAAAAAGGCAAAAGAAAUAGGCAUGAUGUUUUCCAAAAUUAAUCUUUUUUGGAUAACGUCCAAACAAUAUGGCUUUUUGAUAAUAUGUAAAUGACAAUGCAAGUAUUAUAUGCGUGGACAGAUGUUUAUGACUGUGUUGUUCCUAUUGUACAUGUUGCGACAUGGGGAAUAUUUUGUAAAAGAAUCGUGGAUCAUGACCAGAAUGAUGUGAAAACAUUAUUUUGUAUAAUAAUAAAUCACUAUUAAUUAAAAUCUU